AGUAACCACAGCUGCCCCAGCAGUAACCACAGCUGCCCCAGCAGUGACGACAGCUGCCCCAGCAGUAACAACAGCAGCCCCAGCAGUUACAACAGCUGCCCCAGUAGAAACGACGGCUGCCCCAGCAGUGACGACAGCGGCCCCAGCAGUGACGACAGCUGCCCCAGCAGUAACAACAGCUGCCCCAGUAGUAACGACAGCUGCCCCAGUAAUAACAACAGCUGCCCCAGCAGUAACAACAGCUGCCCCAGCAUCAACCACAGCUACCCCAGUAGUGACAACAACUGCACCAGCAGCAACAACAGCGGCACCAGCAGCAACAACAGCAGCCCCAGCAGAUACAACAGCUGCCCCAGUAGUAACGACAGCUGCCCCAGUAGUAACAACAGCUGCCCCAGUAAUAACAACAGCUGCCCCAGCAGUGACGACAGCUGCCCCAGUAUGACGACAGCUGCCCCAGUAUGCCCCAGUAGUAACGACAGCUGCCCCAGCAGUAACCACAGCUGCCCCAGCAGUGACGACAGCUGCCCCAGCAGUAACGACAGCAGCCCCAGCAGUUACAACAGCUGCCCCAGUAGUAACCACAGCUGCCCCAGCAGUAACCACAGCUGCCCCAGCAGUUACAACAGCUGCCCCAGUAGUCACGACAGCGGCCCCAGCAGUAACAACAGCUGCCCCAGUAUCAACCACAGCUGCCCCAGCAGUAACGACAGCGGCCCCAGCAGUUACAACAGCUGCCCCAGCAGUUACACAGCUGCCCCAGACGCCAGUAACCACAGCUGCCCCAGCAGUAACAACAGCUGCCCCAGUAUCAACCACAGCAGCCCCAGCAGUGACGACGGCUGCCCCAGCAGUAACGACAGCGGCCCCAGCAGAGACGACAGCUGCCCCAGUAGUAACGACAGCUGGCCCAGCAUCAACCACAGCUGCCCCAGCAGUGACGACAGCUGCCCCAGCAGUAACCACAGCUGCCCCAGCAGUGACGACAGCUGCCCCAGCAGUAACGACAGCAGCCCCAGCAGUUACAACAGCUGCCCCAGUAGUCACGACAGCGGCCCCAGCAGUAACAACAGCUGCCCCAGUAUCAACCACAGUUGCCCCAGCAGUAACGACAGCGGCCCCAGCAGUGACGACAGCUGCCCCAGCAGUUACAACAGCUGCCCCAGUCGUAACGACAGCUGGCCCAGCAUCAACCACAGCUGCCCCAGUAGUAACGACGGCUGCCCCAGCAGUAACGACAGCGGCCCCAGCAGUUACAACAGCUGCCCCAGUAGUAACGACAGCAGCCCCAGCAGUGACAACAGCUGGCCCAGCAUCAACCACAGCUGCCCCAGCAGUGACAACAGCUGCCCCAGCAGUAACGACAGCAGCCCCAGCAGUGACGACAGCUGCCCCAGCAGUUACAACAGCUGCCCCAGUAGUAACGACAGCGGCCCCAGCAUCAACCACAGCUGCCCCAGCAGUAACCACAGCGGCCCCAGCAUCAACCACAGCUGCCCCAGCAGUAACCACAGCUGCCCCAGCAGUGACGACAGCAGCCCCAGCAGUUACAACAGCUGCCCCAGUAGUAACGACAGCGGCCCCAGCAGUUACAACAGCUGCCCUAGUAUCAACCACAGCAGCCCCAGCAGUGACGACGGCUGCCCCAGCAGUAACGACAGCGGCCCCAGCAGUGACGACAGCUGCCCCAGCAGUAACCACAGCUGCCCCAGCAGUGACGACAGCUGCCCCAGCAGUAACGACAGCAGCCCCAGC